AUGAAAACCUACGGAAGACCGACAUGGCGCGUCUAUGACGACGAACGGGUCGCGAAAAAAAGACGCGUCCAGGACGAGUCCGACGAGGCAGAGACGAAUCUGCAAUAUGCCAUCCGGGAAUCCUCCGCCGCCGUCCUGUCCAGUCCGUCGCGCCGCAACUCGAUAAUCGGCUCCGAAGGCACGCUUGAUGAUAUCGAUGAUCUGACAACGCCUCCGUCAUCGCCGCCGCCGCGAUUGACUCCCCCACCGGCGAACACGCGCAAACCGACCUUUGCAUUUUUAAAACGGAAGCAGAAGGAGGGCUCAGGAGGAUCACCACUGACCGAGGUCAACACCAACAGUGUUCGCGCGUCUGCGGAUCCGCCCAAGUCGCAGCAGCAACGACAGAACAGCGCGCAUCCCCCAUCAUUGCCCGCGCAAUCGCAAAAGACAACCCCUAAACCCCCCGCACUUCGUCAAAUGCAGAUUGAUCUGGGAACGGAGGUGCGAAAAACGUGCGCGACCUGUGGGAUGGAAUAUAUACCGUCGAACUCGGAAGACACGGCUCUACACAAAAAGUUCCACGAGAUGAACUCGACGGGCGUGGAUUUGGGCAAGGCGUUCAUGCGCGCGAAUGCGUCACGCUGGGUCUACGAGGCUACGCGAUUCGACGAAGGAUACGUGGUCAUCGUGGAUCGCAAGGCGACACCAAGCGCCAAAAACCAAGCGAAAAAGGUCCUCGAGGUCGUCAACAAGGAGCUGUCCUCGCCCAACAUUGCAGAUGAGGUGCUCUGGAGCCAGGCCGAGCCUCCCAAGCAUCUGCACAAUGAGAGCUCCGAGGAGAAGGUGGAUCGAUACCGGGUAUUUCUUCACAUGAAAGACAGCCGCUGUGUGGGGUUGUGUCUCACGGAGCGCAUCUGGGAGUCGCACCCGGUCGUGCAGAACGAGUCGGAGAGCAACCCACAUGGAUCCUCUGUCUCUGUGAAGGACGAAGUUCAUCCGGCGAUCGUGGGCGUCUCCCGGAUCUGGACGUCUGGAGCAUCUCGAAGGAAAGGAAUUGCCCUGGAUUUGCUGGACUGCGUAGUCAGCAACUUCAUCUACGGCAUGGAGAUCCCCAAAGACAAGAUCGCCUUCAGUCAGCCCACGGAGAGUGGCAAGCGACUGGCGCAAAAAUUUUUCGAGGAGAAUGCGACUUGGCAUGUGUAUAAUGAACUGUGA